CUCGUUCCUUCCCUCCCCGCCGCCCGCCCCGGUAACGGUCGCUUGGAGUUUAAAUGAGUGGGGGCCGCGCCGCGCCGCGCCGCCGCCGGGACGCGCACUGAGGCAGGGCCGCGCCCGCCGCGCUCCGGCCUCGGCGAGGACGUCGGCGCGAGCAGGAUGACGGUGCUGCAGGAACCCGUCCAGGCUGCUAUAUGGCAAGCACUUAACCACUACGCUUACCGCGAUGCAGUGUUCCUCGCAGAAAGGCUGUAUGCAGAAGUACAUUCAGAAGAAGCACUGUUCUUGCUGGCAACAUGUUACUACCGCUCAGGAAAGGCAUAUAAAGCAUACAGGCUUCUAAAGGGACAUAGCUGUACUACCCCCCAAUGUAAAUACCUGCUUGCAAAAUGCUGUGUUGACCUCAGCAAGCUCGCAGAAGGAGAGCAGAUCUUGUCUGGUGGAGUGUUGAAUAAACAGAAAAGCCAUGAUGACAUUGUUACGGAGUUUGGAGACUCUGCAUGCUUUACGCUCUCCUUACUGGGACAUGUCUAUUGCAAGACGGACCGGCUUGCCAAAGGAUCCGAAUGUUACCAAAAGAGCCUUAGUUUAAAUCCUUUCCUCUGGUCUCCCUUUGAAUCACUCUGUGAAAUUGGUGAAAAACCAGACCCUGACCAAACAUUUAAAUUAACAUCUUUACAAAACUUCAGCAGCUGCCUGCCUAACACUUGCACAACGUUGGUAUCUAAUCACAACAUAUCUCACAGGCAGUCUGAGACUGUCCUUAUGGAAACACCACAAGACACAAUUGAGUUGAAUAGACUCAACUUAGAAUCCUCCAAUUCAAAAUACUCCUCCCUGGGCAUGGAUUCUUCCAUGUCUUACAUUGACUCAGCUGUCAUUUCAUCCGAUGCUGUCCCCCUUGGAUCAGGAACUGCCAUAUUGUCUAAACAGGCUCAGAAUAAACCAAAAACUGGGAGGAGUUUGCUGGGGGGACCUGCAGCUUUGAGCCCCUUAACUCCAAGCUUUGGAAUUCUGCCGCUAGAAACACCGAGCCCUGGUGAUGGAUCAUAUUUGCAGAACUACACAAACACUUCUUCUGUGAUUGAUGUGCCGUCUACAGGAGCACCAUCAAAGAAGACUGUCACCAGGAUAAGCCAAGCUGGAACAAAAUCUGUCUUCUCACAAAGUGGAAAUAGCCGGGAAGUCACUCCAAUCCUUGUUGCACAAACGCAGAGCUCUGGCCCACAAACAAGUACAACACCUCAGGUAUUGAGCCCAACUAUUGCUGCUCCCCCAAACGCGCUGCCUCGGAGAAGCUCUCGCCUGUUUACUAGUGAUAGCUCUACAACAAAGGAAAAUAGCAAAAAGCUAAAAAUGAAAUUYCCACCUAAGAUUCCCAACAGAAAAACAAAAAGUAAAACAAAUAAGGGAGGAAUAACUCAACCAAACAUAAAUGAUAGUCUGGAAAUUACCAAACUGGAUUCUUCCAUCAUUUCCGAAGGGAAAAUUUCUACUGUCACACCACAGAUUCAGGCUUUUACGCUACAGAAGGCAGCAGCAGGUUUGAUGAGCCUUCUUCGUGACAUGGGGAAAGGUUAUUUAGCCUUGUGUUCAUACAACUGUAAAGAAGCGAUAAAUAUUUUAAGCCAUUUGCCAUCUCACCACUACAACACUGGCUGGGUACUGUGCCAAAUUGGGAGAGCUUACUUUGAACUUGCAGAAUAUAUGCAGGCUGAGAGGAUAUUCUCAGAGGUAAGGAGGAUUGAAAACUACAGAGUCGAAGGCAUGGAGAUCUAUUCCACUACGCUCUGGCACCUGCAGAAAGAUGUUGCCCUUUCAGUUCUCUCAAAGGAUUUGACAGACAUGGACAAAAACUCCCCAGAGGCAUGGUGUGCUGCAGGAAACUGUUUCAGCUUGCAACGGGAGCAUGACAUUGCAAUCAAGUUCUUCCAGAGAGCCAUUCAAGUUGAUCCAAAUUAUGCUUAUGCCUACACCCUGUUGGGGCAUGAAUUUGUGUUAACAGAAGAACUAGACAAAGCACUCGCUUGUUUUAGAAAUGCAAUCAGAGUCAACCCGAGACACUAUAACGCAUGGUAUGGGYUGGGUAUGAUUUAUUACAAACAGGAAAAAUUCAGUCUAGCAGAAAUGCAUUUCCAGAAAGCACUUGAUAUCAAUCCACAGAGCUCAGUCUUACUGUGUCACAUUGGAGUAGUUCAGCAUGCACUGAAAAAAUCUGAAAAGGCUUUGGAUACUUUAAACAAAGCUAUUAACGUUGACCCUAAGAACCCGCUAUGCAAAUUCCAUAGAGCUUCUGUAUUAUUUGCAAACGAAAAAUAUAAGUCUGCUUUACAAGAACUUGAAGAGCUGAAACAGAUUGUUCCCAAAGAGUCUCUUGUUUACUUUUUAAUAGGAAAGGUUUAUAAAAAGCUGGGUCAAACACACUUGGCUCUAAUGAACUUCUCAUGGGCCAUGGAUUUAGAUCCCAAAGGAGCCAACAACCAGAUCAAAGAGGCCAUUGAUAAACGUUACCUUCCAGAUGAUGAGGAACCAAUAACUCAAGAAGAGCAAAUCAGUGAAUGUUACCCCUAUGAAUCAGUUGGCACAGAUGAAUCCCAAGAAAGCAGCAUGACAGAUGCAGAUGACACCCAGCUCCAUGCAGUUGAAAGUGAUGAAUUUUAACCUCCAAGAGCCAGUGGCUGGGCUCGAGGGUGUGACUUGGUACUGUUGUGUUCUCCCCUCCCUCUGCAUCCUGGGUCUUCACAUCACUGAGCCAGCACUGUCGUUAUUCUCCACUGACACCAUGAGUACACCACUCGGUCUGAAACUGUACCCAGAAUUAAUGGCAGUGCAAUAUUCAGCUGCUACUGAGUCUGACCAGUUGGCUCUUAAACACACACUUAUAAAAAUGACUUGAGGAGGAAGUCAUUUUUUUGGACUCCCUUUUGCUGGAAGAAUAUCAUGGAAGAAAGACUUUGUGGUUUGCUAUAACAGAGCCAGUAGUAGAUGUGGGGAUAGUCCUAAUGAAGCGGUGUCUUGUUCUUUUUUUCCAGAAAUGUGUCUUAGUUUGGUUCUUUCUUGGUAAGCAGAGUGCUAAACGUCAUUUCAGAGGUCAAGGACAGUGUGGACAAAUGCAGGAUGUUAAAGACUUUUACGUAUCGUAGUGUAACUUAAAUGCCAGGGAAUGUAAAUGACCUUAAAGCUGUAGUGUCUCCAAGUGAACAAAUCUAAUGCACAUGCUCAGGACUUGGGAGUGUGUCAGGCUAUAUGAGAUAUCCAGUGUCCCUACUUAGAGUGCAACCUUGAAGGAGUGUAAAUGUGGCAGGAGAAUCGCAUCGCAGAAUCACAGCUUCCACAGAAGGCUUUCAGUUUCUAACCAAGAAUUAAUUUAUUCAUCUACUUUCUAAAAUGUCGGUGUUUACUUUGUACCGCAAACAAGUGGGCAACAUGUUGCUUUUUUUCAUAUACCCCUUGAUUUGUUUUUUCUCAUAUUCCGAGAAUAAUAAAGGGAAAAUCAAGAGAAAAAUGUAGAUAGAGCUGUAGUGUGGAAACCUCAAACCUUUAAUCCACAGUUGUUGCGUGUUUCUAGUGAAAUAAACUUGGAAGACCAUGGAAGCCUUAAUACAAUCAGAACCUUACAGUCAAAUUUAUUGAAUAUUUGUUGAAGAUAGUGUCCUUUUUAAAACUGUUUUGUAAAAUGUGGUCUGAACAGGAUGCAACUUGUGCAAUUAUCUCUUGUGCCCUUUUUUUUUCCCCCUCUUUCUUUAAGAUUCUCAGAGUAUGUUUUCACUCUAGGAAUGUAGACCCUUUUCCUCUCUACAGAGGCUGAAUCUGGGAGAAGGAAGCUAUACCCUAUUGAGGAGUCUGAAAUGAUCUUUUUCUGUAGCAUUCUGCAGCAAUGAUUGGCGCCCUUUAUGUGGUGAUGAUAAAGAAAGUGUAUGAUACAAGCAGUUUUAAAGAGCGAUUUAUGCAUAAUAAAUUGGGAAUUAUAUAAAUUUCAUAGCAACAUCUCUGUUGUGAUCAGUCUUAAUUUUUUUAUGUAUAUUGUUUUUUAUGGGUCCUCUGGUUACCUUUAGGAGUAUUUUUUGUUGCUGUUCUUUAAAUUGUGUCCUUUUCUUACCCUUGGCAUGUCUUCUGUCACACCUCUCAGUGAGUCCUGUGGAUACCUCCAUCUCCUGAAAAAUAAUCCACAAAAGCAAGGGUUUUUUCUUUUGUUUAUUUUGAAGCAAGAGGAAAAUAGGCUUAAAAUUCUAAUAAUAGUGUGAAAAAUAAAUUUCUAAAAUCUGAGGAAUGAUAAUAUACAUUAAGGAGCUUUGUGCCUCUGCCACAUACUGCCAUGCUGCCUGUGUCUGAAACGUGGAUGGAUUGUCUGGAAAAUCAUGGAGUGAUUCAGCUACCCUGAUUGGGCAGGAUCUUGCAAGGCUUGGGCUGUUGGAGAGGCUGGAGCUGCCCCUUUCCUGACGCAUCCUCCCUAUACAGUCCUCCCUUCUGCAGCAAAGCGCACCCCAUAGCAAAGGGUAGUUUUCCCUGUCCAGCCUCUGCAUCCACCUGCAACCUUCCCAGUAGGGCUGUCUCAAGGUUGAGUUCCUAAAAAGCACCACCGUGUAAGAGCUGCUUUCUUAUGUUUUUAAGCAAAAAAAAAAAGAGGAGUUUCUUUUGUCUGUUUGGGAGCUGGAAAAGUCAGCUGAAGCCAGGGAUCUUUUGUCCUUACCUGUAGAGCCAAACUGAGCACCCCUCAUGCCGCCCUCCUUGCCUGCAAUGUUCUUAUUUUACAAAAAGCAGGUGCUACAAGGAAGUUUUCCAAACCAAAACUGCUUGGUUAAGUGGGGACCAGAGAGCUAGGAAACUUGGGUGCAUUUUUCCCUUUUAUUUUCUUCUUGGAAAGUUGGGAACCAGCGUGACGCAUCUGACAGCCUGGAAGGAGCUCUUUAGUGGAGGGGGUUUUAGAAGAACACUCAUGUUACUCUGAGGGUUUAAUGCUUAAAAAUUAGCCCUUGCAUUAUUGGUAUAUCAUC